GCCGGGGAAGACAUGGCGGCGUCUGCGUCGGCGGCUGCCGGGGAAGAAGACUGGGUUCUUCCCUCUGAAGUUGAAGUAUUAGAGUCUAUCUAUCUGGAUGAACUACAGGUGAUUAAAGGAAAUGACAGAUCUUCACCAUGGGAGAUCUUGAUCACUCUGCACCCCGCCACUGCAGAGGACCAGAAUUCGCAGUAUGUCUGCUUCACACUGGUGCUUCAAGUCCCAGUGAAGUAUCCACAGGAAGUACCACAGAUCUCCAUCCGUAACCCCCGAGGGCUUUCAGAUGAACAAAUCCACAAGAUCUCACAGGCGCUGGGCCAUGUGGCCAAGGCAGGGCUGGGCACUGCCAUGCUGUAUGAACUCAUUGAGAAAGGAAAAGAAAUCCUCACAGAUAACAACAUCCCCCAUGGCCAGUGUGUCAUCUGCCUCUAUGGUUUCCAGGAAAAGGAGGCCUUCACCAAAACACCCUGCUACCACUACUUUCACUGCCACUGCCUUGCUCGGUACAUCCAGCACAUGGAGCAAGAACUGAAGGCACAAGGACAGGAGCGGGAACAGGAACGGCAGCAUGCCAUCACCAAACAGAAGGCAGUUGGUGUGCAGUGUCCUGUGUGCCGAGAGCCCCUUGUGUAUGACCUUGCUUCCCUGAAAGCAGCUCCUGAACCCCAACAACCCAUGGAGCAGUACCAACCCAGUGCUGAGAGCUUACGCCAGCAGGAAGAGCUCAAGCGGCUCUACCAGAGGCAGCAGGAGCGAGGUGGCAUUAUUGAUCUUGAAGCAGAGCGGAAUCGAUACUUCAUUAGCCUUCAGCAGCCUCCUGCCCCUUUGGAAACUGAGUCAGCUGUAGAGGUCUCCAGAGGAUCCUACACACCUAAUGCCCUUGCUACAGAACAGUCUUCCUCACCAGCUUCCCAGGCCACCCUGCCAACUCCUCUGCCUGUGGCUACUCAGUUUGUGUGUGAGAAGAAUCCUGGGGCAGGGCUAAACCAGCAGAGAUUGGGUGAGACCCAGAAAGCCAUGCUAGAUCCACCCCGGUCUGGUCGAGGACCCUGGCGACAACCCAAUCGGCGGCACCUGAAGGGAGGGGAGUGCUGUGCCCUGAAAGGUACCAGUGACAAGCAGGAACUGCCUUCUGAGAGCCCCCUCAAGGAUCCUGUGGACCUAAAGCCAGAACCCCACAACCAAGGGACUAAGGGUCCUCCCCAAGACAAAGCACCUAGCAGCUGGCAAGGCCCUCCAUCCCGCAGGACUCGGGACUGUACUCGCUGGGAGCGCUCCAAAGGCCGGACACCAGGUUCUUCCUACACCCAUGUACCCCGGGGCCAGGGAGCAUACCGGCCUGGCAGUCGGAGGGAGCCCCUGGGUCUGGAAUCUGAGGAAGGUUCCUAGCAGUACUUUGGGGGGACAGGGAAUUGGGAGUGGGUGGAGGGAAAUAAAGAGACUUGGCCUUGUUUGGCUUUCUUUGCUCAACA